AUGGUGGCAAAUUCCGAAAUCGUUCAAAGCGGUUCAUUGAAUGGAAACGUCGUUGAACUGCUUCCGAAACAGCUUUAUUUCGCAUCAUUUAAAGCACCUCCUCACAAGGCCGAUCCACAUGUUCGCUAUAUUGAUCUAGACAACCGUGUGCACUACGAACCAUUUUAUGGUGAUUUCGGUCCACUAAACCUUUCCGUGCUGUACAGAUUCACGCGAUAUCUUCACGGUCUUGUCGAGGCUCAGCGCAAACGUAAAAUCGUGGUCUACACUGAUGACGAUGACCGAAACCGCGUCAAUGGAGCUUAUAUUAUGGGAUCGUACUUGAUCAUAUACCAAGGGGUGUCCGCGGAUGCAGCUUAUCUGCGAUUAGAAACAGCUCAACCUCCCAAGUUUAUUGGCUUUCGUGAUGCGGCACUUGGCGAACCAACUUAUCUGCUUCACUUACACGACGUUCUUCGAGCUGUUGAAAAGGCGAUAAAUCUGAAAUGGUUCGACAUCACGUCGUUCGAUGCAGAGGAAUACGAACUUUAUGAACGGGUGGAAAAUGGCGAUAUGAAUUGGAUUAUACCUGGCAAGAUUUUGAGCUUCUGCGGCCCUCACAAUGAAUCUCGUGUUGAAGACGGAUAUCCUUAUCACUCUCCUGAGACCUACUUUGACUAUUUUCGUGCCACUAACGUCACAACAAUUGUUCGGCUAAACAUGAGAAUGUAUGAUGCAAAAAAGUUUACCGACGCCGGAUUCGACCAUGUGGAUCUAUUUUUCAUUGACGGUAGCACCCCAUCGGAAAAAAUAGUUGAAAAUUUUAUACGGGUUGUAGAUAACUCUAAAGGUGCAGUCGCUGUUCAUUGCAAGGCUGGUCUCGGGCGGACGGGGACGCUCAUUGCAUGCUGGAUGAUGAAGGAAUUUGGAUUGAACGCCGCUGAAUGCAUGGCAUGGCUACGGAUAUGUCGGCCUGGAAGUGUUAUUGGACCUCAACAAGAUUAUCUU